AAGUCUAACUAAAGAAACAGACUAGCAAAGUGAAAACAUAAUAGGCAAAGCAGAGGGAAUAAUUCUAGUUAAUGUAUGAAAUAAUAAUAAAAUAGCUAACUUAACACUUAAGUUUUCUAUAAGUUUAUAUAAAAAUAUAAAAUAAACAAUAACAGCAAUUAAAAUUAUUAUUAAAAGAAAUUAUAUUCCUUUUCUAUAAAAUUCAAAUUCCAUAAUUUUUGGGUAUAACAUAGACCUGAACAUUUAUCCUUUAUAAGAACAAUAACCAGUCCUUAAAACUACUCCUAAAUUCUCUAUUUCCUCAUUUUUUUAAACGACUUUAGUUCCUUCUAAUAGUAUAUGUCUUUUCAUAUUUUUAAAAUUGAAUAAUUCUUGUUAAUUAUCAGCUUAUUUUAUGCAUAAUUUUGGAAUAGGAAUCGAUUCGCCUGUUAAACUGCUUUCGUUUACUAAAACAUCACCUUAAAUUAAUAAUGAAUCGCAUGGAAUCAACAUUUUAUUUUUAUAAAUGAACACAUCUCCAGGCAAUAAAUCCUAAGAGUCCAAAACAAUUAAUUUACCAUCCCUAUAAACAUCUAUUUUUAUCUAAAUAUUUGCAAAUUUCCUCAAUUUAUUCAACUAGUACCUUAAGAGUAUAUAAUUAACUAUCGUACUAAUCACUGAAACUAAAAUCAUGACAAUUGCGAACAAACCAUAGCCUUACACAAUCCAAAUAGCGCAUGAAAUAUAUUAAAAAAUGAAGAAUAUUUCUGUCAAAACGUGUAGUAAAUAUUCUAAUAGCUAUGGAAUAGGAAUAUGUAUUUUGCACAAUCCAUAUUUUUCCUUCUUAUAUAAAAUAUUUUCCUUUUUAUUUUCCAAUCCAUUUUUAUGCUUUUAAUAUAAUUCUUCUAAAGUAUAAUUUUCAACAUCCCUAUAAUAAACAGGAAUAAAUCCAUAAUUUUACUCAUCAUAUUCAUAUUUUAAAUGUCUGUUUUCAAAUCCAAAACUAUUAUUUUUAUAUGUAUUUUUUUUAAGAAUUUCAUAUGUUUGAUCGUUAUUUUAAACCAAAAAAUGAGUACAAUCAGACAAUUUAUUACAUCUACUAUAUAGAGAUUUUAAUCUUAGUCUGACACUGUUUCUCAACAAAAGAGCAUAUAUUCCAAAACUAAGUAUUAUUAAAAAUAUUGUUAAUAAAAGUUUCUCUAUUUUUAAUUAAAGUGCAUAUAUAUUUUUGAUAAUCUACUAUCCUUCGACAUCAUUUACAAGCAUUUUUAGUUGAUUUUUGUUGGUAAUUAUUAGAUUUUGAGUAUUUGUAGAUUAUUUAUUUUAAUUACAUUAUGAUCCUCGUUUUUAAUCUUAAAUUUCAUUUAAUAAAUUUAAACUUCCUUUUGACUCACCUGUAUAUUUUAGA